GGGAAGGGGGUGCACAUUCCCGCAUUGGCUGUGCAGCCGACUCCAGGGUGCUUUGCGGGACUCCAUAGCCGAACAUGGGGUUUAAUUUUGUCACCGUUUACGUAAAGCGGCUCUGAAGAACCAAACUAUGGAAAAGCGCUCCUGAAGGAGGACAAUGUGUCGGUUUCUGUGAACAAUUCACUUAUCUCCAUCCGAGCGCGCUUGGCAGAAAGUAGAGAGAAAAAAGGAGAGACGCGAGGCUUUACUGGAAACUCAGACUUACUUUCACGGUCCUUGGAUCCUCAGCGCUCUUCCAAGGACUCUGGGAACCGAGUCAGAAAGUUUCAUGCUGAAUGUCCCUGCAUUAACCUGAGGUCCAGGGUGUAAGGGGAGCAUUAGGUCUCAGAGCUCCAAUGCCAGUGGACAUGCAGCCACACCAGGGGCUGUAUUACUACGAGACCUCACCCAGCCAGCCCUCCAGAGGCAUACUCCCAUCAGAUCAGUCUCCCUACAGUGAUGUGUCUUCGCUUCGUGCUCCGCUCCUCGACGGCCCGCCCCAGGACUGCCACGCUAUGUAUAAUCCCAUGACUCAUGGAUCAGGACCAGGGCAGGGAAUUGGCCCCUGCUUGGAUCAAUAUAUGAGGCACCCUCAAGCCCCACCACCCCACGGUAUGAUGGGCCACAGGGGCAUGCCGCCCGCAGAAGGUGGUAACAGUGCCCCCUACUGUAACCAGAACAACAUGAUGUCUCAUCACAAUUUCUGCCAAGUUCAACAUGGCUCUGAUCAGAUUGGAUCAGGUGAUGGCUCGAGGUUCUCCACACCUCGUUCCAUGCUUAAGCUAAGCAAAAAGAGAGCUCUGUCCAUCUCUCCUCUGUCUGAUGCCAGCGUGGACCUGCAGACAGUAAUCCGGACCUCACCGAAUUCCUUAGUGGCCUUUGUCAACUCUCGCUGCAACCCCAACGGCACUAGCUCCUAUGGUCAUCUCUCUGUGAGCGCUAUGAGUCCAUCGCUCGGUUAUUCCAGCAAUAUAAAUUGCCAGUCCAGACAACAAGGGUCCGUGUAUGGAGGAGGAACACCUCUGGGAGGACACACACCAGGCCCCUGCCAAGCUUCACGUUUACCUCCCCACAAUCCUCGGCUCCAUGCUCCGCCCAAACACGGACACCUGAAGACAGAGCCAGGUCUUGGAGGUGCGAUUGAUGGCAUGAAUGUGAAGAGCCUGGAGGAGAGGUCAGAGGGAGAUGUAGCUAGCCCUUCUUCCACUGGCACUCAGGACCCUCUUCUGGGCCUUCUGGAUGGCCGAGAUGAUUUGGACAAAGAGGACGGGAAGCCUGAACCAGAGGCCAUCUAUGAGACCAACUGUCGCUGGGAGAGCUGCAACAAGGAAUUUGACACACAAGACCAGCUAGUUCAUCACAUCAACAACGAGCACAUCCACGGCGAGAAGAAGGAGUUUGUGUGUCACUGGCAGGAGUGCUCUCGAGAACAGAGGCCUUUCAAAGCCCAGUACAUGCUGGUGGUUCACAUGCGCAGACACACAGGAGAGAAGCCACACAAGUGCACUUUUGAAGGCUGUAAUAAGGCCUACUCUCGCCUGGAGAAUUUGAAGACCCACUUGCGCUCUCACACUGGGGAGAAACCAUAUGUGUGUGAACAUGAAGGCUGCAACAAAGCCUUCUCCAAUGCUUCAGACCGAGCUAAACACCAGAACCGAACUCAUUCCAAUGAGAAACCUUAUGUGUGUAAAAUCCCUGGUUGUACCAAGCGAUACACAGAUCCAAGCUCUCUGCGUAAACAUGUAAAGACCGUGCACGGCCCUGAGGCCCACAUCACCAAGAAACAUCGUGGAGACACUGGCCCUCGUCCCCCCGGUUCAGUUAUGAACCCUGGAGGUCCCAACUCUGAACUGCUGCUGGAGAAAGAAGAGACACGCAGAGAAGACUGCAAACUAUUGGCUCCUGAGACUUCUCUGAAAUCCCAACCAAGCCCUGGUGGUCAGUCUUCCUGCAGUAGCGAACGUUCUCCACUGGGGAGCACCAACAACAACGACAGCGGCGUAGAAAUGAACCCCAAUGCAGCCGGUAGUCUGGAGGACCUCACAGCAUUGGAAGAUGGAGUUGCAGGUGGAGGAGGAGGUGGAGGGGAGCCGGGAACAAUGGGAAUGUCAGCGCAGGCUCUGAAGAGGCUGGAGAACCUAAAGAUUGACAAGCUGAAGCAAAUCCGCAGGCCAACCCCUCCUGGGCGCGGAGGCAGCAACAAGCUUCCUGCAAUACCUGGUACAUGGUGUCAUAAAACAAGUCCAGGGGAGAGUAUGGGAAUGUGUGCACCUUCUCCACUUCUCUCAAAUCGACGUGUUAUGGAGCUGUCCAAUCACGAGCUUGGAGGGGGAACAGUUGCCUGCUCUACUAAUGACAGGAGAGGAAGUGGCACCAGCAGUCUAAGCUCAGCCUACACCGUGAGCCGUCGUUCCUCCAUGGUGUCUCCUUACCUGUCCAGCCGACGCUCCAGUGAUGGCUCGCAAAUGGGAGCACCGGUUGGGGGAGGAUGUCACCUUCUGGGUGCAGAACAGGCUGGGGGAGACCCUCUCUCUCCUGAGACCAAUCGCAGAGGAGCUCCGUGUCCUGGAGGAGGGUUGCCUGGCCUUCCUAAUUUAACCCCAGCUCAGCAGUACAGCCUAAAAGCCAAAUACGCUGCAGCCACUGGUGGACCACCACCUACUCCUUUACCUAAUAUGGAGCAGCCAGGUACUCCUGGCAGAAGAGGAGGUGUUUUGAGCGAGUACCAUGGUCAGCCUUUGCCUCCUUUCCUUCAGCAAGGUGGUCCUCGUAGGCAUAGCGCCAACACAGAGUAUAGCACCGGUGUUAUCUACCCUCACCAAGCUCCAGGUAAUAACAACAGGCGAGCCAGUGACCCAGUUCGUGCCGCUGCUGACCCUCAAGCUCUUCCCAAGCGCUUCAAUAGCCUUAAUAAUGUAGCCAUGAUGGGCCGAAGGAAUGCACUGCAACACCGUGGCUCUGACACCAGCCUUGCCCGCCAUAUGUAUUCCCCCCGGCCUCCGAGCAUUACGGAGAAUGUAAUGAUGGAAGCUAUAGGUAUGGAGCCCCACCACGCUGACAACAGGGAUCGCUCCAUGAUGUUGCCACCUGGAGAGAGAAACUUCAUGGGAUAUCAGCAACACAAUCACACCCUUGGAGGAGUAGAUGGAGGUCCCAUUUCAACUCAGCUGUCCCCGAGCCAUGAUGCCUUGAGCUGCCCUGAGAGGGGUUACAUGCAGCGGCAGUACCCGAGCCAGGGAGGGGACAUCACUGCCAGCGCUGGUGUAAAUCCAAUGGCACAGGCAAGACCUGUUCAUUCAGAGGGCAUGUCAAAUGCACUUCUGCAACAAGCUGAGUACAGUAUGAGCAACUGCCAGCUCAGUCCCUCUGGUCCCCAUUACCCUAGUGUAGGCCAAGGUGGUGACACUGGAGGUCCUUGGAACGACAACCAUAGCCAGGUCCAAACAUCCAGCCAUCCUCUUCAGAACCAGCAAGCUAUGCAGUAUUCAGAAACUAGCUUGCACCCACAACAAACCCAGGCUCACUUCAACAAUCAAACAGGCCUCUACAACAGUUCAGAUGGAACCCACAAACUCAUAAUCAAGCCUGAGCAGCAGUUCCACCCUGGGAUGGGAGCUGGAGAUGCCUGUCAGAGCGCUAAGCUCCAUCAGCAACGCAUGCUUCUGCAGCAAACACAGGGUUACCCACAACAAACAGGGCAGGUAAUGAUGAGGAACUCUAACAACCCCAGGUGUGACUUUCAAGGGCCAAACCAAAACCCUUUUCCUAGUGGAGAGGGAUUAAGUCUGGGCUGUGCUGGCUCUGCACUGGCUGACGGUCAGAGGUCAGAAACCCCAAUGAUGCAGGUAAAGGAGAUGAUGGUGAGGAAUUAUGUGCAGUCCCAGCAAGCACUCAUGUGGGAACAGCAGCAAGAGCAGCAGCAGAGUGGAUUAAAACCUUCUCCUCUCUCUGACAAUAUGGAUCUGAGCAGUCAGGCAGCGAUGAUGCAACACAGUCCACAGCACCAAAACCAGAACCUUUAUUCCAACCAGACCUAUCCUUACCCCAACCAGAACCUGGUCAUGAGUCCUCAGGCCCACAGCCGUGUGCCAAGCUCAGUAACACCUAAAGACCAGCAGAUGGCAGGUCUCCAAGGUUCAUGUUAUAACCAGGAAAUGGUGGUCCCCAGACCUCCUCAGGGGCGAAAACCUCUCAGCCGCCAGAGUAGUCUGUCACAGGUGGGAGGAGGCUACCUUGGCAGCCCACCACAUCUGAGCCCUGUUCACUCCACUUCCAGUCCCAGGCGAGGCGUUCGACUUCCUCCUGUCCAGCAUCCGCAGCAUCCCCAGAAUGAAAUGUUCUCUCCUUCCAACAACAACAACAACGUAUACUACUCGGGUCAGAUAAACAUCGGUAUGGAGAAAAACAUGGACGCUCAAAACGGGCCUUGCCUUAACCAGCAGCAUAGUAUGGGGUCCAGUCUGGACCCAGUAGGUGGCACAAAGUCCACCCCUUUGGCUAACUAUCCUGAGUCUGGCCCCAUUUCAAACGCCCUAGAAAACUUGGACUUGGACAAUGCUCGCAUAGACUUCACUUCCAUUAUCGACGAUGCUGACUCUUCGUCGUUCAGCGACGUCAACAAUCCCAUCCAAGGUCAACCGGGAUCUUCCUCCCAGGCCUCAUCCCGCCUCACCACACCCCAGACUUCUGUCAGCUUGGCUGCUGGGUCUGGCCUGUCUAACAUGGCUGUGGGCGACAUGACAUCCAUGCUAUCCUCACUAGCUGGGGAGAAUAAGUACCUGAAUACACUGUCUUAGAAGACAACUCCUUGGCAGCUAAACAGAAAUAAGGCUAACAAUCACAAACUGGCCUUUACCAGGUUAAAUGCAACCACCCUAAAGUUUCAGAAAAGAAAACAAAUUCUGUUCCUUAACAUGAUUUUUUUCUCAUACAUUAUAAGAAAACUGAGUUGUGUAAAAACAGAAAAAGUUUUAAAACAGAAUAAAAAUCUGUGCUGUUGUAUACCUGUAUGCUUUUAUAUGUAAACUGAACAUCUUCCAUAUUUUUAAAACCAGGAUCCCGAGCUGGCGAGCAUCUUUUAAUACUUCUCUGGAAAAUUUUAGUUGAGACCAACCAGCUACUAUUGUGAUCCCUCCACACAGAUCGAAACUUUACAAAUCCUCACCCAAAAACCUUAAAACCAAAGGUGCCUGAUCAGCGUCUCUCAGAGUUCUCCUGCUGCCUCGGUACUCUGUGUUUUUCUGUGCCUUACUGUUACACACGGAGCUGUUUGCCUGAAUGACGCUGAACUCUUUUCUGAACGGGCAUUCCAGUCACGUAUGGAGCACAGAAGGAAACAUGUAAAUAAGUUUAUACAGCGUGUCAUGUAUGUGACAUUAGAUAAUAUCCCGUCUUAAUAGACUGCUUGGUUUCUGAAGGCUAAUGCUGAGGGAUGUCAUAAGAAAAUGUUUGACAAGUUAAGAGAAAAAAAUGCUUUUAGUGAUCGUGAAAUCAUUUUUCCUUAUCGCUGAGGAUUUCUUCCUUAUCAGGAGCAACACAGUAUGCUACCAGAGCAAUGUCAGUAUUCCCACACAAACACACUUUCCCCCUGCACGUGACCGCACAGAGACACUCAGGAUGUGUUUGAAUCUUUGGUGUUCACAUUACAUGUAUGUUGUAAUUGCCUUUCCAGACAGAGAGUUUGCACUCCACAUGUUUACUGUAAUUAUUCUUAAAGCAGCUGUGUAUGUAUUUUUUUUCCAUUUGUGUUUAUAACUGAGGUUCAUACAAUGAGCAAAGCUCGAACAUAACAAGUAUCCACAAUCCCCACUACAUGACAAUAUGUGUAAUAUACUCAAACAUGCCUUUACUCAAAGUUAACCUCACCUACAGCUCAUACGUGACUCAGCUGAGUAUGGUGGGUAUUCAAGCUACUGGAUACAAAUCGACUCAGCUGGUCUGUACAGAUUAUUAAUAGUUGCCUAACUGUUGAGAAUCUGAGGUACAUUCAGAGUACGGUGCUGCUGCACUUUGGCUCUAAUCCCAAAGAGGAGUUGCAUGAAAAAUGUUGCGUUAAUAGUCCACAACAGGGCAUCGGGAUGAGUGAGGGUUUUUUUAAGUAAAUAAUUGCUACCACUGUUGUAAAAUGUUCGUUUUCUUGGUACACUGAGGUACUUUUGUGCAACUUUUGAGCUGUAUGAUGCAGAAGUAAGCUGCAGCGCUUUAUAUGAGAACUAAUUUUAUACUGUGGCUUUGCACUGACUGCAGCACUGUGUGUCUCCGUCUCUUAUUACUAAUAACAUGAACCUCUUAUUUUUUUGACAAUAAAGAAUAUUUGCAGUAUUUUUUUAAAUAGUCAUUCAAGAACACACCUGACCGUGCCUACACUCAGCAAAGCCACAUUAAAGUAUUGUUGAAGCAUUUCACAUGACUUUUCAGCUUAUAAUAAUAAUGAUGCCACUGUAAAGUUUGCUAAGCAUUAGCAGGAAUGAGGGGGAGAGAAUCUACCAAAGACAUCUACAAAUGAGAAAAACAUGCACAAAUAGUCUAUUUUUAACACAACACUAACACUAGAAAUAAGGGCAUGAACAUUGACUGAUAGUGCUAUGCUUUAGAAUGUAUGAAAUGUUUUGUAAAAAAAAAUAUUGUCUUUUUAUAUUAAUGAACUUCAUGAAUGUUGCCUUCUAUGUGUGCAUUUUUUAUGUAACUGUCACCUUUCAUUCUGACUUUUUUGCUGGCAAAAGAAUAUCACCUGUAGCAACCGAAAGUUAAAAUAGCAGCAAUAACUAUAUUAGACGAAAGCCAAGUGUUAUAUUUUGUGUACAAUUUUCUACAUUUUUAUACACAUGUGCUAUAUUUUACCAUUUUAUGAAUAAACAUGUUCAGUUUGGGAUGGAUGCAGAA